AACUUCCUUUAUUUAAUUUCCUUUCCUAUUCCACAGAACCGAAAAUUUUCGAAAAACGCUGACUUUUCUUCACCGAACCCGCGUUUUCUCUCCCCAACACCAAACUCGUCGGAAGAAAAUAUCUCCACCACACCCAUCUCCAACUCCCGAUAUGAGCUAACUCAUAAGCUUUUCUUCUUCUUCUUCUUCUUUCUCUCAGCUGCUGAGUCUUUUAACUCAGCCAUGGGUAACUGUAACGUCUGCGUCAAGCCUCGUAACAACUCUGAAACCUCCAAACCCAAAACACCAAACCGAGACCGCAAACCAAACCCCUACGCCGCCGCCGCCGGCGACACCUUCAGAUCCCCCGCGCGUACAAGAGCUACUCUGAAGGACUUCGUGAUCCCCACGAGCCACCGCACGAAGAUCACCGACAAGUACACCCUAGGCCGGGAGCUAGGCCGCGGCGAGUUCGGUAUCACCCACCUCUGCACCGACCGAGAAACCCGCGAAGCCCUUGCCUGCAAGUCCAUCUCCAAGCGGAAGCUCCGGACCGCCGUCGACGUCGAGGACGUCCGCCGCGAGGUCGCGAUCAUGUCCGCUCUCCCCGACCACCCCAACGUCGUCAAGCUCAGGGAGACUUACGAGGACGGCGAGAACGUUCACCUGGUGAUGGAGCUCUGCGAGGGAGGGGAGCUUUUCGACCGGAUCGUCGCGAGGGGGCAUUACACGGAGCGAGCCGCCGCGGGGCUCGCGAGGACCAUCGCCGAGGUGGUGAUGAUGUGUCACUCGAAUGGUGUUGUUCAUAGAGACUUGAAGCCUGAGAACUUCUUGUUGGCUAAUAAGAAGGAGAACUCUGCUUUGAAGGCGAUUGAUUUUGGCUUGUCUGUGUUCUUCAAACCUGGAGAUAAGUUUACGGAGAUUGUAGGGAGUCCUUAUUACAUGGCUCCUGAGGUGUUGAAGAGAGAUUAUGGACCUGAGGUUGAUGUUUGGAGUGCUGGUGUUAUUAUUUACAUCUUGCUCUGUGGUGUUCCUCCCUUUUGGGCUGAGACGGAACAAGGUGUUGCUCUUGCGAUUUUGCGGGGAGUUAUUGAUUUUAAGAGGGAUCCUUGGCCUCAGGUUUCGGAGAGUGCUAAGAGUCUUGCGAGGCAGAUGUUGGAUUCUGAUCCGACUAAGCGUUUGACUGCUCAGCAAGUGUUAGCUCACCCUUGGAUACAGAACGCGAAGAAAGCUCCGAAUGUUCCUUUAGGAGAUAUAGUCAGAUCGAGAUUGAAGCAGUUCUCUAUGAUGAAUAGAUUCAAGAAGAAGGUUCUUCGUGUAAUUGCGGAGCACUUGUCUGUUCAAGAGGUAGAAGUGAUCAAGGACAUGUUCUCACUGAUGGAUGAAGACAAUGAUGGUAGAAUAACUUACCCGGAACUCAAAGCUGGACUUCAAAAGGUUGGCUCACAACUUGGUGAACCAGAGAUCAAACUGUUGAUGGAUGUGGCCGAUGUUGAUGGGAGUGGGUUUCUUGGUUACGGAGAGUUUGUAGCUGUGAUCAUUCACUUGCAGAAGAUAGAGAACGAUGAGCUUUUCAAGCUAGCUUUUAUGUUCUUUGACAAAGAUGGAAGCACAUACAUCGAACUUGAUGAGCUACGGGAAGCUUUAACUGACGAGUUAGGUGAACCAGAUGUCAGUGUUCUGAACGACAUCAUGCGUGAAGUUGAUGCUGACAAGGAUGGGCGUAUAAACUAUGAUGAGUUUGUGACGAUGAUGAAAGCAGGAACAGAUUGGAGAAAGGCGUCAAGGCAAUACUCAAGAGAGAGAUUCAAAAGCUUAAGCAUUAACUUGAUGAAAGAUGGGUCAUUGCAUCUCCAUGACGCUCUCACUGGACAAUCUGUUCCUGUUUGAUUUUAUUCGUUAUCUCCAGAAGCUAUGGUCCUUACAUGAACAUUUUGGGUUGUAUUUGUAUGUAAUGUUUUGUUCAAAAAGUUGUAUCUUUUAUUAUUUCAAAGCCAAAUCAAAUUCCUAAACCCAAAAGAGGUAAAACAGUACAGAUCUUUUAUUACACUGAAACCUUAUCUAUGUCAUUGUCCUUGGCCACAA